AUGGUUGAUGAUUACGUUCAGCUACAGUCAAUCUCAUCGCUGUUGAUUGACUAUGAGAGAGCAUUCGACUCUUUUCAGAUUACCAAAAAGUUAGAUCUGACUCUGCCUUUUAUCAGCGACUUCCUGGAGAACAAGAGCUGUAACACAGUGCUGGCAACUCCAGGAAGGUCAAACUUCGGUCUUGAAGCUGACUCGAACAUUCCACCCAGUAUGCCCAAGUCUGAGUUAGCCUGUAUAUUCGGUUACGAUGGGGCUUCUACCGAGAUUACUAUUUCAACUCCAGAAUGUGUUCUCAACUGCAACAAAACUAUUCGGAUGGGAGAUAAUCAGGAACAGAAAUCGAUUAAAGGGUGCGAACCUGCGAUGAUCGACCUUGGACAUAGCAGUUGGGACAGCCCAACAGCACGCUCGCAUGAGACUAUUUUCGUACCAGAGGAGUUAAAACACAUGACCAAGUAG